AUGAGCUUCCGGUACUUGGACGUCUUCCGACUCUGUCAACAGGACGCGGUGCACAUUACGGCUAUCCUCGGGGAGAGCGUUGUCUUCAACUGUCACGUAGAGUUCCCCGGUGAGCACCCAGUGCCCUACGUUCUCCAAUGGGAGAAGAAGGUAGGCGACACGGAGACACCGAUAUACAUAUGGUACGAGUCGUAUCCGACCCACAGCGGCGAAGGAUACGAGGGUCGUGUCUCGAGAGUGGGCGAGAACUCGCCGUACGGCCAGGCUAGCCUCAAUCUGACGAACAUCCAGGAGAGCGAUCAAGGAUGGUACAAGUGCAAGGUCGUCUUCCUCAACAGGUCGCCCAACAGUCACAAGAACGGUACCUGGUUUCACCUAGACGUCCACGCGCCACCCAGAUUCAGCAUGACGCCAGAUGAUAUGAUAUACGUGAAUCUGGGCGAUGCGAUAAUACUGAACUGCCAGGCUGAGGGCACACCGACGCCAGAGAUCCUGUGGUACAAGGACGCGAAUCCUGUCGAACCCAAUGGUCGAGACGUUGGGAUAUUCAACGACGGUACCGAGCUCAGGCUCUCGAAGAUCAAGAACGAGGACAUCGGCGAUUACACCUGCAUCGCCAGGAACGGGGAAGGCCAGAUCAGCCACACCGCGCGCGUCGUCAUCGCGGGUCCAGCCGUUAUCACGAUGCCGCCGACGAAUCAAACGAAACUGGAAGGCGAGAGGGUGAAUUUUUCUUGCGAGGCAAGAGCUCUUCCGGGUAACGUGACGGUGCGCUGGUUUCGCGAAGGCGCCCCCGUCUCGGAAGUCACGGCUUUGGACACUAGGGUGUCCAUCAGGAUGGACGGUGACCUGGUCAUCAACCCCGUCAGCGCCGAUGACUCCGGUCAAUAUCUGUGCGAAGUCACCAACGGCAUCGGCGAUCCUCAAACCGCUAGCGCCUACCUGAACGUCGAGUACCCGGCGAAGGUCACGUUCACCCCUACUGUCCAGUACCUGCCGUUCCGUCUGGCCGGCGUGGUUCAGUGUUAUAUAAAGGCCAACCCUCCCCUGCAAUACGUGACCUGGACCAAGGACAAGCGCCUACUCGAGCCUUAUCAGACGAAGGACAUCGUUAUCAUGAACAAUGGCUCCCUGCUCUUUACACGGGUCAAUGAGAAUCACCAAGGCAGAUAUACCUGCACGCCUUAUAACGCCCAGGGCACGCAGGGCAGUUCGGGUCCGAUGGAGGUCCUCGUGCGGAACCCGCCUGUCUUCAUCCUCGAGCCGGAAUCGGUGUACACGAAGAAGGUGGGCGAGACGGUCGAGAUGCACUGCGACGCCCAAGAGGCCGAGGGAACGCAGAAACCAACGAUACAAUGGCAUCGGAAGGAUGGUGGGCCCAUUCAACGCACUCGCGCGAAGAUUGUCGGGGGCAAUCUAACUAUAGAGAGCCUUCGACGCGCGGACUUUGGGUUUUAUCACUGCGUCGCCUCCAACGAAGUCGCCACCAUCUCGUCCGUGACGCAGCUGAUCGUCGAGGGCACGCAACCCCAUGCACCUUAUAACGUGUCAGGCACUGCCACGCAAUUCUCGGUAUCGCUAACUUGGUUACCAGGCUAUUCCGGCGGUCCUGAUUACAAGCAAGAUUAUACUAUCUGGUACAGGGAAUCGGGAAUUUCGGAAUGGAAGACAAUCCCCGUGACUCCAUCGGGCAGCACAACGGUGACGAUCAACAAUCUCACGCCUAGCACGCUCUACGAGUUCCAGGUAAUCGGGAAGAACGCUCUGGGCGAAGGAAUGCUGAGCAAAGUCAUCACAGUGAGGACGCUCGGCGUUAACCUGCCUCAGCCGGCGACUCCCUCCGCGUCUGAUCAACCCCCAUCUCCAGAAGACAUUCUCGAUUAUAAGACUCUUGUGUUGCCGACUGAUUCCACAGGAAAUCCAAUGUUUCCGCCAAUUGUACGACCGAAAGGACCAAAACCAGGGCCUCCCCGGAAUCUCACGGUGACGGAAAUCAGCAACGGUUUCCUGAUAACCUGGCAACCUCCUACGGAUCGUAGCCAUCUUAUCCAAUACUACACUAUCAAGUACAAGACGGACGGACCUUGGAAAACGCUCAACAAGGGCCAAAUACGACCCGAGGAGACCAGUUAUUUAGUGAAGAACCUGGUCGGUGGUAGGACCUACUAUUUCCAAGUGUUCGCCAACUCGGCUACGAAUUACGGUGCGAGCGACCAGGUCAAGUUCCCCGUGCCGGCUCGCGUUAAGCACAAAGCGAUCACCGCGGGCGUUGUAGGCGGUAUCCUCUUCUUCCUCGUCGCCAUCAUCCUCAGCAUAUGCGCGGUGAAGAUAUGCAAUAAACGGAAGAGACGAAAACAGGAGAAAGAACUGCUUUCAGCGUAUAACAUGGUGGCCUGCCGGGUCACCGACGCCAGGAACGGCGCAGGGCAGGGGCCCCAGGGAACAGUGCCUUUGAAAAAACCUAGAAAAAGCCGAGUACCAGGUUUAAGCCUCCUGAAGGAGAUCCUGAGCCCGGACACUCCGGACUCGUGCCGCUGUCGUCCGCUGGGCAAGAUCUCCCGGGCGGCUGACGGCCGUUUCGUCGUGGCGGACUCGGUGCUCAGCUCGGCCAACAACAGCAUCCUGGAUGUCUCCAGCAGCGACGAUGGCGGUUUCCUGCCAAAGCAGCGACUCAAGUCUUCGUGGCGGCGCCCGCUGGUCGGCACCAGCCAGCUCAGCCUGCGAUCCGACGGCAGCGGCGUGUCCAUAGGCCCUCUACCAUCCGGCUGCCAUCAUCACGGCGCCACGAAUUCCUUGGCAAGGAUACCGCCCACGAAUAUCUGCACGAUCGCGUCACCCAGGUUUCUGGCCAGUUCACCGAGCGGAAUCCACAUACCCUGGACCCCUCUGUAUUUCAGCGAUCUCAGCUCCGUCAAGCAACCAUCCUCCGGCGAACGUUCCUUCCCGACACCGCCCGGCUAUCUACAGCUACGCAGCAUACACCAGCGAUACAGCCAGGAGUUACCGUCGCUCAAGGCGAUCCACGCCGAAUCCAGGCGCUUCGUGCCGGUGCAGCCGUUGGCGACGUCCUCGCCGCCGCAGCCGGCCGGACGACCCAGGGCGAGGCUGCCGCCGAGACACGCCAGGCACGCACGAUCGGCGCCCGAACUCGCAGCCUCGCCCGACCUAGAAACCUCGCCCGAGAGCAGGUCGAGCAGCUCGGGUUUCGGCAGCAAGAACACCUCGCAGCAAAAUCAGAGUUCGAGGAGCGGAAGCACGGUCGCCGAAUGGCGUCCGCCGCCCUACAGGCCGCCCCCGCCGCCUCUGGUCGGCCGCUGGCUCGAGCUUCAGGAUCCGACCAAGGUGGGGCACACGCACAUACAGAACGCCGUUGACGCCGGCAGCGUCGACGGGCACUACGAGUUCGAUCCGGUCUCGUGUACGCCGACGCCCACGUCGGCCUCGACGCCCACGCGCGAGGAGAGACCGCCGAUACAUCAGAUCCACACCAUCCACGUUCCCCACAUCCAUCAGGUGCACACGGUACAUCAUCAGGCGCCGAGGUACAGCAGGGAGAACAUCGAGGCUAGAGUACAGGCGAUGAAGGCGGAGUUCCAUCAAUUCCGGCAGAGACAGGCGAGACGAAGGCAGAGCGCGCACUUGGAGAGCGCGUGUUGAAUUAUGGAAUUAUUUCGAUGAUCGAUCAACCGUUUGGACUCGUUAAUGCAGCUACAUUCGCAAAUUUAACGAUCGAAACUGCGAGUCAAAGAGAUUCAUAAGUUUGACAAAUGAUGUUGAAGAUAAUUCAAACUGAAUUGCACACAAUAGAUGGUGGCGAAACAGUGAACGAUCACCAUAUAGAGGAAAAAAAAAAUACAAUAUGAUAGUGAACGAGAAAUGAGAGAAAAAUGUGAGAAACGAGAGAGUAACACGCGAAGAGAGUUGGACAAAAUCGGGACAAACUAAGUAUUAUCCGCGACUAGAUUUUGGUACUGGCUUUUAUCUACCAUAAAAGAUCGCAUUUCGACACACGACGUUAUCAUCACUGGAAGACCAACCACCGCAGCACAACGAGGACAUCAUCAUCACAUGUGAUUUCGCAUUAGAGGCGUUUAAGUCAAUUCUAGUAGCUGGACAUCCAUCUACGAAAGAAGGCUGUUAUUAAGCAUCAGCUCAGGAUACAUAAGUUUCGCACGACCACAUUGGGACGCCGGAGCGACGUAGUAGAACCGUACGUUUAAGACGAUAAUCCUUCGGAGUCUCUCGCCCGUUUACCGAUUUAGGAAGUACGUCGAGUUACCGUCGAGUUAUCCUUCGAGGGGAAGCAAUCUCGAUAUCGUCACCCAGCGAUGCUCAGCGACAUCGAUCGCGCUGGGGCGAUAAUGGGAAACGAAGUGCGUAAACGAAAUAAACGUUCGAAUCCGAUUAUUAUUGGUCAUAUCCCGCGUAUACCAACCGCGCCUACGUCCGGUUUAGAGGACCGUGAUUUUUAACACGUUACUAUAUAUAAUAAUGUAGAGGAACAUACUCCGAAGAGUUCACGAGAGGACGAAUAGAGGGGAGGACAUUUUUUUUUAACUCAGUGGAACUGUCCUAGAGCUAGGAAGUGCGCAGAGGAAAAAAUACUCCCGGCUGGCUCAAAAGGAUGCUAAUUAUAACGAUAUUGUCCCGCGACCGGGACGAGGGAUGGAGAGACGAAAGAACGGGAAAGAGUAGAAGGAGAGAUAGUUACGUCGGCAUGAUACUCCAAAGAAACUGUACCACUGUACAUGCUCCGUAUACCUUUUAAACGAAAUGUAAGGUUAAAUUUAAUCGUACACUGUAAGUAAUAAUUAAAAACGAAAGAAAAACAAAAAAAGUAAGAUAAUCGAAGAAGAAUUACUAUACAUACAUACAAACACAUACACACACACACACACACGCAGACACAUACAGACACAAAAGUAAUUAUAUCGAUGAGCAAUGGACUCGAAACGUGAUAUUAGGCCGAAGCUUGCCUCGAGAUUGCUUAAGGACUCACUCGUACUGCACUGCCUGUUUAGGGUUUCGCUAGCGACCCAACAUAUUAUCGGCACAAUAAUUUUUCUUAAGCAACAUAAAACGAGAAUAAGAGUAACGUUCUUUGAAUCUACGCGCGCUCGGCCGGUACAGCGUGAUGAUUACGCGCGUACGCUCACCGCGUGCUAUUCGGCGACACGCUGGUUACCGCUUAUCGGCACUCCGGGCUCUACCGGCCGCUCCUCUCGAAUUAGAUUAGCGACGCGAACGACGUCGACCAAAACGACUUGAAAAUAAAAACUAAAGAAAAUCGAAAUACGCGAACAUGAAUCUUUCUUUCAACGAACUGCCAAUGAAAGGGAGGUCCGACCGUGCGUUCGAUUCAUUUCGUAUGAAGCGUUGAUGUUGCAUAGAUAAGUAAAACUAAAGUAAUUAAGCGAACAAGAGAGCGACCGAUAGAGAAACGCGGUCAUCGUCGCCGGAGGGGGCGUACGCGCGCGCAUACAUACGCCGAUCACGCCGGAGUUCGUGUGUAUUAGCGAGAAAAAGGAGUUAAUAAAAACACACAUAAGCGUACACAUACACACACACACACACACACACACACACGUGACAGCAUUUCAUCACAGACAUACAAGAAACGACACAAAUACGAGAGAGGCGUUCUUCGAGACCCACCUAAUUCUCACCAAACGCAUCAGAUCAUCUCGAAUCUCGUGAGAUCGGAGGCCGGCGAUCGCCGAUCGCGGGGGUUUUCCGGCGAAUCUACGGGCUAAUCAGUGUCGAGCUGCGCGACCUAACGCGAGAACGUGUCCCUCAGCCAGGAGGACGUCUCCGACGAGAGAGGACCGGCAGCGCGCUCGUUCCUCUUACCCUUUUUUUCUAAUUUUCUCUACAUACGCAACCGUGAAGACUCCCCUGCAUGGAAUCGCGAUCGGCCCGGCCCGCGAUCACCGGUGUUUUACUUUCUUUAUAGUACAAACACUUAUUUAUACAUACGUAUUAUACAUAUUUAUUAUAAAUAUUAGCAAGGGCCCUACUCACGAUUCAACUAUACUUCGACGAAACGUAAUGCCGAAAGGAGGAAGAAGAGUAGAGACGACGAGUAAAAAAAAGAAAAAAAAAAAGAGUGGCGUGAACGCCGUGAAGGCGAGACGCUCUGUACAAUUUCGUUAAAAUGCGCGUAUGUGCGUGAUUGUAUGCGUGCGAGAGAAGAUGAAUGUUCAGAGUGACGAGAAUGAGCGAACAGAGCGCGAACGAGUAAUAAAACGCGAGCAAAUGCGGCUGUUGAAAUAAAAUAAAGCGUAAUGUUACACACGGUCACACACGCGCAGAGAUAACAAAAGAAUAAAAAAUAAAUAAAUAAAGAAUACGAUAAAAGUUAAGAAAUAACGGAGGUGACGCGAAAGAGUACCAAUAUUCUAAAGUAAUUCUAAUGGUUGAAUUAAUAAUUUGAUAAUUAAUUGAUAUUGUAAAUCGUAAACGAUGUAGCGUGUAGCGUAUUAAUCAACGAGAGCGACGAACGCGGUGAGUAUUCAUUAAUUAAUUAUUAUACCCGCGCGAAAAUUACGACGAGAGACAUGUAGGAGGACGGGGGAGGAGGUGUCCCAGAACUCAAGCUGGAAGAACGGUGCCCAUUUUCAUUAUCACGCUCCGACCACAGAAAAUCGUUAAAACGUGUUAAUAGCAUAAAUGUGCCGGAUGUGCAAGAUGUUUUUAACGUUGGUGAUGUAAAGGAAUAUAUGAAUAUAUGAAUUUUUUCGAGUAAUCAUCCGAUGUUAAGAAAAUGGCUUUCAAUAGUGUGACGAUAACAUAGAGUGCUUCGUACCUUAAAAGUUUGAAAAGUUUAGAUUGAGUUCUGAUACCGUCUCCCCUCUCUGCGAAUGGAUGAAUGCGACAGAAAGAAGAAUCGUGGACGCGAGAAAAGGUGAUCCAACCAACUGACAUAUAGAUGUAUAAGUAACGUGUAGAUAUAUCAUAGUUAGAUACAACGAUCUCAAAAGGUCACGCAGUGUGGACGAUUGCGAUAAAUGUACGGGAAUGAAAGCGUGAGAGAAUGAGAAAAAGUGAGUGAGAAAAAGAGAGAGAGAGAGAGAGAGAGAGAGAGAGAGAGAGAGAGAGAGAGAAAUAAAAAGAAAGAUAAGGAACCGCGAGAAAAAACGAGGAAGAGAAUCUUGGACGAUUCUUCAUUAACUUGAGCCUAUCGUGUAACGCGGAGGAAUGGCUCGUAUUACGAUAAGACGAAUAUGUCCGAAACAUGUCCAAUGACGAAGACCCAGAGAAACUAUGAGAGUGUCGUGGUUGCGAGAGAAUGAGAGAGUGAGAGAAAGAAAAAUGAGAGAGAAGCGGCGGUUUCGCUUAACAGCGUGUUUAUGGAUAAUAUGGUUGAAUCGUGAAUCCGUUCGUGUAAAACUUUGUCAUCACCCGUCACGACGGUUUCGUUCGUCCUGAGUUCCUCCUUCUUCGUGACCCGCGUGGAUUUUACGUUUGUCGCGAAUGUCAUCGCGCCCACUUUUGCGUUCGCGAUACUCGUCGUUGUAUCUCUGCCGCGUUAUCGCAAGCGCGCGCAAAACUCGCACGAGAUCGCCGUUCGUGGAUUAAUUAAUUUAAGCAUUUUGUUCAUUAUGUACCUGAAAGCCAUGUCGUAGCGCGACAUAUUGUUCAAAAUCGCGAGUAAAAUUUUAUUGCAAAAUUCUUUAUUGUACGAAAUUUCCUCGAAGCAGAACGUUCGCGAGAGAAUCGGUGAUUUUUCGCCUCACGAGCCGUGCAGCUUUAAUGUGACGAGACAUAUGCUUAUUUUGCUCAUUAAUGGGUUUGUACAAAUUGUAGAUAAUGAUAAAUAUUCCGUAUAAUACGAUCGCGAAAGUUACGAUUACACGAGAGCAAAACAAACGACGGUAUCUUAUAAUAUUAAAUAAUUAUAUAAUUUAGUUUUAUUUUGUAAUUUAUGACGUCUCACAAGAUUAAAUCAUAAACAUAUUCCGAUUAUGAAGCCUUGGAAAUAUUCUAAUGCAUUUGAAAUGAUAAAUAUUCGCAGUUUCACUGAUUUAAAUUGCAGUCAUCUAAAUUGCUAAGGAACGCAGCGACGACACUGCUUCGAGGUAUAGUGCGCGAAUAAUGCGUGAGAGAUAAUAAUUUGUCAUGAAAUAUGCCAGUGUUACAUUACACGAUACCAUAUUACUCGGUUGAAACAAUGUCCUUCGGUCGGUGCAAAAGAUGCGUUGGAAAUGGAUUGAAUGGCUCUCGGGUACUACGUCAUGUUUGGAUCUGCGACUAUCUGUCGUUUCGACUCUUGUCUCGAAAUUUUAUAAUACAAUAUUUUCUCGUAAUGAAAUAUUUUCAAAUAUCGUUUCGCUUUAAAUAACAGAUACAUUUAAAUAACAGGUACAUGCGCUCUCGAAAACUUGGCGAGGAUCGUCGCAGUUCCAAGCAUGGCAUUUCGAGUGCUCGUAUCAUCGUACACACUGGCAAUUGUUAUUGUAAUGAUAUUUGUUGCGCCGGAUUGAAUUCAAGAAAAUAAUAAUAAUGCGAAAACAUCUUUUCAUUCUCCCGAUCUACUGCUAUUUCUGUUUUCGUUGAGUCGGCAGGAUAUACUUCCACACUUGUAAUCGUUAGCCUUUUCACGCCCUACAUCGAAUCGCUUCUAUACGCACAUGUAACGUUCUUCUGUAUCGUCUGUCUUCACUUCCGCUUAUUCUUAACUAUAUCCGCCGUCAAACUUGUACACGGUGCGUUAAACCGUUUCGUUGUCACUUUCGCGAAUGCUCGUUGUUCACCUCCAUACCGAGUUUGAUUGAUUGAUCUAUGCUUUCUCGCGAACCCCCCACGAGAACUCCAAGACGUACUAACUUAGGACAAAUUGUAGACAAUUUAUUAUUAAAUAAAAUGAAAAAUAAA